AUGCAGAUUCGUGUCUGCACCUAUUCGCUGCAGCAGCGCAGCAGCAGCCCAGUGACGAGGAGUCGUUGGCUGAGGAGCGACACUGAGGAGGUUUCUCAGCAAUCUCAGGCCCUCAGUAGCUCCCAAACGGAAAAUAGAGAAGGCCAGGAAGCGCGGGAUAACGAAAUCAACAGGAUUACCGACCCCCACACUGGGGGUCCCACAGCACAGCAGUCUGCACUCAGAGUUACAGACAGCUGUGUUGGAGAGGGAUACAUAGAGGUAGAGCACAACCAACAAGAACCGCUUUUUGGCAGCAGUGCACUACCCGCAAAUCAAGAGACAGCAGAACAGGGUCCUACAGCCCCCUACCAACCCGAGACUAAUUUAGCCGGGAGUGUAGGGCACACUACAAGCAACGUCAAGAAGGCGUUGCUUGCUCUUCGCGAGGAAGAGAAGGCACAGCAGGGGCGCAACACAGCUCCAGAGUCGCUUUAUGACAAACUGAAGAAGCGGGCUCUGGAAAGAAACCUCCGUACAGCGCGUCGCCGCCUCAUCAGCGUCCUACAGGGGGAGUUGGCUCAACAGCUUCAAACACUGUAUCAAACAGACCGAAGGAAGUGUGUGGAGCAAAUCCUAGCCGACAAAUAUCACCCGAGAAGCCAAGACUGUCCUAUUCCACUCACUGGGCUGGAAACAUACUUUAUGCAUCAACACUCUGAGCAAUCUAUUGACACCCAGUGCCAAGUUGCUAAUGAGCUCCUAGAUCCUUUGGCUGCAGCUCCUGAAGGGGCUAAGCGGAUUGAUCUUUACUUCACAGAAGAGGGUGCGCGUGCUCAGCUGCGAAAAGGCAACCUUAUGUCUGCAGCAGGGCCGGAUGGGAUAGGGUUCUCUGUGUAUAAGCGGUUUGAAGGUGUGCUUGUUCCAGCGAUGACUGCGAUAUAUAACGCUUGUUCCCAGCAUCGAAAAGUGCCAGUGAAGUGGAAGCAGGGCGUGACGGUAUUGAUCCCGAAAGGCGGAGACCGAACGAGGGUCAAGAACUGGCGACCGAUCAAUCUGCAGGACUGCACCUACAAACUCUAUGCAGCCAUGUGGGCCAGCAGGGUCACCGACUGGGCAAUCCAGUCGGGAGUAGCCUCAAAUUCGCAGAAGGGUUUCAUGCCAGUGAAUGGCUGCCAUGAGCACCUGUUUCUUGCACAAAGCAUCCUCAACUCCACGCGCAGGUGCAAGACAUCACUGUACAUGACCUACUACGACCUGAAAAAUGCGUUUGCGUCCAUACCUAACAAGCUCAUACACACUGUCUUGCAGGCUCAGCGGCUUCCGAAGCAUCUUCAGGAGAUCGUCAACGAUCUCUAUGAAGGAGCAAGCUUCAGCAUUUUGACGAAGGAGGGCUCCUCAGGAAUCAUCGAGAAUAGGAGGGGAGUCAAGCAAGACUGCCCCCUUAGCCCUAUCCUUUUCAACCUUGCCAUUGAUCCGCUGUUGCAGCGGCUGGCAGCAUGUAAUGCAGGCCCAGAACUACGUACGACAGAUGGGAAGCUAGCAGUCAGGGUUUCUCAUAUGGCGUACGCAGGCGAGUUGAAGACCGUUGCCAACUGCUGUGAGGGGAUCAGCAGCCUUCAUCAGGUGGUGACGGCAUUCUUUCAGUGGACAGGUUUAGAGGACAACCCGCCCAAAUGCGGUACCAUGCGAAGGAAGAUAGGCAAGACCAGGCAGCAACCAGAUCCAGCACAACUCCGGCUGCACAAGGAGGUCUUGCCGGUGGUGAAGCGCGGGGAGGCAUACAAGUACAUUGGACUCAAUGAUGCCCUAGAAACUACCGUACACCAAGGCCAAAUCCUUCGAGUCAUGAGCAAAGUCAAAAAGGGCUUUACUAAGAUCCUCAGCUCGGCAUUGAUCCCCUGGUAG